GGUUGCUCCAUUAAAGUCUGGCCGCCUCCUUCCGCCUUUCAGAAUAUGAAGGAUCGUGUGUCUCUCAUCACCCGCCUGGUCUUGACUUUUCUUGUUUUACAGCACAAUCCUGUAAACGUUCACUCGGAAGCAAGACCCCCUGUGUUCAGCGGAGCUUCCUCCCUAGUAAAGCUGUCUAGGACUACAGCCCCCUAACUUCCACCCCAGGCGCCCCCGCAUGGCGCCCUCCAGCCGCCGCCAUCGAGGUCCUCCUUAGCCCAGGAUCGCUGCCGGAGGGAAUAAGCUGCCUGCAACGAUGCCUACUCAGCGCAGCAGGGGUGGUUGUGCGUCGGACCCUUUCCGGUUGCUGCUCCCGAAAGUUAGCUGUGAACAGAGAAGCUGCCGCCGUUGCCCAUCCCGUAGCCUCCCAAGCUCAGCUGGCCAUGUCAUCUGUAAAAGUUGAGUGUGUAAUGAAAGAGAAUUGCAAGCUUGGAGAAUCACCUGUAUGGGAGGAAAAAGAAAAUUCACUCCUCUUUGUGGAUAUAACUGGCAAAAAAGUCAAUCGAUGGAAUUCCCUUACUAAGGAAGUACAAAGUGUUUCUGUGGAUGCUCCAGUGAGCUCAGUGUCUCUUCGCAAAUCUGGUGAUUACAUUAUUACCUUGGGAACCCAGUUCGCGGCUUUAAACUGGAAAAAGAAGUCGGUCACGACCAUUAUUCAUAUUGACCAAGACAAAUCCAAUAAUCGAUUCAACGAUGCAAAAGUGGAUCCUGCCGGAAGACUGUUUGCAGGUACAAUGGCUGAGGAGAUUCGACCAGCAGUGCUAGAGAGGCACCAAGGUUCUCUUUACACCCUCUUCCCUGACCAUUCUGUAGUGAAACACUUUGACAAGGUGGACAUCUCCAAUGGUUUGGACUGGUCGCUGGAUCACAGGACGUUCUUUUACAUCGACAGCCUCUCAUACUCUGUGGAUGCAUUUGACUAUGAUCUGCAAACAGGGAAGAUCUCCAACCGCAGGGGUGUGUACAAGAUGGAAAAGGAAGACAGCAUCCCUGAUGGCAUGUGCAUUGAUACGGAAGGGAAACUCUGGGUGGCUUGUUACGAUGGAGGAAGAGUGAUCCGUAUAGAUCCUGAGACAGGAAAACGGAUCCAGAUUGUGAAGCUGCCUGUGGACAAAACUACUUCCUGCAGUUUUGGUGGAAAUGAUUAUUCAGAAUUGUAUGUCACUUCUGCCUACCUGGGAAUGGAUGAAGCCUGGCUGUCACGGCAGCCACAAGCUGGCAGCAUUUUCAAGAUAACUGGACUUGGAGUGAAAGGUGUCCCACCAAAUUCAUAUGCAGGUUAAUAAUUGUGUUUUAAAGAGAAGACAAGCACCAAGAUCAGAAAAGAAGGAUAUAUAGCAGAUUUGCCUGACUGAAAAGCUAUACCUCAUUCUUGGAAAGUAUGGAAUGAGACAGACAUAGAGGAAGUAGGGUUAAAUUACUCUCAGACGUCUGAAUUUUGCCAUAUUGGCCUUCUUAUGUUGCCAGCUUGAAAUACAGACUAUGCACUUGCUCUCCCCAUUCUUUAUUAAACUUUUCCUAACAAA